UUUUGAAUGCCAAGCCAACCUAGUUUAUUGUAUCCUCAGAUUCAUUGUAUCCUCAGAGUGUAUAACACUCUAUCUCUAGCGGAAAGCAUUGGUUUUAGUGAUUUUAGUGGAAAUAACUCCUACAGAUGGCGGAGUGCGGUCCAUGGUGUGCUACGUCAGAUCAUGAACCUGUCCCACGUGACAUCAGCUUUUACAGUUAUCGCUCUCGAACCUUUCAGGUUUUUUGUGAAAUUGCCUCUGUGGAAACUUGCACUCUGAUGAACUGCCUGGGGUAUGGGUCGCACAUCCGACAGGCAAGGAGAGACGUAUACAGGGAGAUGGAUGAAGUGGUUAAUUUACGGUCGCGUGGAGCAAUAGUGAUAACUACUGGUAGCAAGGCAGAGGGACUGACAUCCAUAUAUGAAAAUGACUUGGAUCAAAUGUUUGUACUAGAAGGACUCAUUUGUUUAGAAGAUUGUGUCAAUACGGACACAUUACCAAUGGAUACAAUUGUGUUUACAUUAGACACCAGCGUGUGCUACCACGGACACUGUAGGCUUAAUCUACUAGAGCGUGGGUCAAUAUUUUCACCAAAGUUGCGCGAUGUUAUGUGUUUGGAUGAAAAAGGACAUAUCCUCCUGAGCAGCGACUUAAUUGUUAAUAUGCGCGAUCAAAUACAACUUGAGGACGACGAGGUGCGCCAUGAACGCGCAGGGCCAUCAACGCCGAGCUCAUAUGGGCCUAUGCAUACUGACAUUGUAUUUUCUGUUCGCUGUCAAUGUCCUUGUAUACUAUCGCGAUGGGCAGAACGUAGUCGCCAUUGGCCACCACCGGAUAUAGUUCAAAAAGUCGUAACAAUGGGAGCAUUUGUGACGCCUGUUGGUUUUAAGGGUAGUGAAUAUAAACAUGUCGAAUGGAGGAUAUGUUUUAAUACGGCGGAGAUUGAACUUGUGAGUAGUCUUAAUGACAUACAGAUAUACAUAUACGUUAUAUUGAAAAUGGUGAUUAAGGAUGUCUUAAAGCCAAUUAAGAAAGAAAUUACAUCAUACGCGGUCAAAAAUAUUGUAUUUUGGCUGGCAGAGAAUAAUCCAAUUGCACAGUUCGAUGAAAAUUGUAGUUUGUUUUAUUGGCUUCGGAAAGGACUGGAACAACUAAGAACAGCAAUAUUAAAGAUCCAUCUACCAUAUUAUAUGAUACCAGAAAGGAAUCUAAUGGAAGCUUGCGGACUGGAUGCAGAACAAAAGCGUACCUGGGCAAAAACUAUCACAGACAUGAUGGACGAAGGUCCAAAGAUACUACUUAGAUUGCCGAAGAUAAGGAAGGCAAUAAUCUCGUAUCCAGAGCCACUGAUAUGGUACAUCAAAAGGAAACUGGAUCUUGAACUGCUGCUAAUGAAGGGUUGGAUCAGAUGCAUGCAAUGUAUGGGUGAGAAUCGAGUGGUAAAUACGUCAGAUUCUGUGCUGACAUUGAUAACCGGACGACAGAUCGAGACAUUGAACGAGGUUUUACAGAGGAUGCAUGAGGAGGACAGUCUGGUUGGCGAGCCAAUAAAUAUAAGAAAUAUGAUGAUGAUGUAA